GAGAGAGAGAGAGAGGUUGCAUUCUUGGAUGAGAAGAAAAAUAGGGAGAUCACAUCACACACACUUCCAUCCUCUGUUCUCUCCCUCUCUCCCUCCUUUUCUCUCCUCAGCACUGAGCGCUCCAACAGCCUAGUGAAUUUUUCUCCUCCCCUUUCUCUCUCUCUCCCUCUCUCUCCUUCUCUCCUCCCCUCUCUCGUCCUUCUCUCUCCUCUCAUCCCUUUCUCUCCCCUCCUCUCUCUUCCUCCUCUCAUCCCUCCGUGCUUUCUCUCUCUCUUGUGCCGGCAGUGGCAGCUCAGCCACCUGCACUCGUCUUCUCUCUCUCCCUCCUUUCCUCUCUCUUUUCUUCCUCUUUUCUCCAUCCUCUUCUUUUUCCUUCCACCACUCCUCUCUCUCUCUCUCCUUUCCUCUCUGAACUGGAUCGUGUCUUUUUGUUUAUCUCUUCUAAUUUUUGUCCUUCAUUCCUCUUUUCCACCUUAUUGGGAAUAUCGCUGAAGACGGGCAGUUCGUCCAGGAGGUGUUUUCUCUUCCAGAAAGGACUCUCAUCCCGCCGUCCAUCCAUCUUUCCCUCCCUUCUUAUUGGAACACAGAGGAUUUGUGGGAUUUUACAGUGAAGCUUCAUGGGAAAACGACUGGAACAGCAGCAAAUGUACCAGUACACCUACUACUACCCUCACUACCUCCAAACCAAGCAGCCCUAUGCUCCACCCCAACAUCCAAUGGCCCCGCCUAGUCCAGGCAGCACUAGCUGCAACCAGAGUGGAGUGGAACAGCUCAGCAAAACAAACCUGUACAUCCGGGGCCUUUCACCUACUACUACUGACCAGGACCUCAUUAAACUCUGUCAACCAUAUGGGAAGAUUGUGUCCACCAAGGCCAUCCUGGACAAGAACACUAACCAGUGUAAAGGUUACGGUUUUGUUGAUUUUGACAGUCCUGCUGCUGCUCAGAAAGCCGUGUCAUCCCUCAAAGCCACUGGAGUCCAAGCACAGAUGGCCAAGCAGCAGGAGCAGGACCCCACUAACCUCUAUAUCUCCAAUCUGCCGGUCACUAUGGAUGAGCAGGACCUGGAGAGCAUGCUGAAGCCAUUCGGCCAUGUGAUUUCCACACGGAUCCUGAGGGACGCUAGUGGGGUCAGUCGAGGAGUGGGAUUCGCCAGGAUGGAAUCUACAGAAAAAUGUGAAGUUGUAAUUCAGCAUUUCAAUGGCAAAUAUCUAAAAACGCCACCAGCCAUUCCAGCUCCUCCUGAGCCAUUGUUGUGUAAGUUUGCUGAUGGAGGACAGAAGAAGAAACCAAGUCAGAGCAAAUACACACAGAACAGAGCAUGGAGCAGAGAGGGAGAGAACGGAGUGACGUUAACGUACGAUCCUGCAGCUUUACAGAACGGGUUUUAUUCUUCUCCGUACAGUUUUGCCUCUAACAGAAUGAUCACCCAAACCUCCAUCACGCCUUUCAUCACUGCCUCCCCCGUCUCCUCAUAUCAGGUCCAGAGUACAUCGUGGAUGCCUCAUCAGCAGUAUGUUAUGCAACCAACUGGAACCGUGAUCACUCCAUCUUUGGAGCACACGACGGUCUCCAUGCAGCCUGCACACCUGAUAUCUCCUCUGACGCAGCAGAUGAACCACCUAACACUGGGCUCCACAGCCAGUUAUAUGACGGCUGCUUCGGCCUCUGUGGCUCCUAUGCAAGGAACAUACAUCCCCCCAUUCACACCUGUACCUCCGUCUGCUCUGUCUGUAGAGGGCGUGGUGACGGACGCAUCGCCUCAGACAGUCGCCCCAUCGCAGGAACUCAACACACUUCAGCAACAGAUCACCAUGGAGACCAGUGACCACAUCCCCUCAUACUCCUACCAGUCUAAAUAGCUUGUGGACCAGGUGAAUGUACCUGCAACAGAGUUGCCUUUUCCAGGCGUCAGUGCUGAGAAGGAGAGAGAAGGAGACUCGUUUCCAGGUCAUAAACUUCUUUUUAUUUCCUGCCUGGAUCAGACAGAGGAGGACGGAACUGGACUUGGAGGAGAAAAGGGGAGUUUUCGUGUCGUCAUGUGACCUCAUCAUUGGGUUGAGCUGAAACUUCAAAAUGUUUCUCAAAAAAAGAAAAAAAAGAAAAACAGGAAUGAAGUAACAUAGAUAAAUAUAUACGUAAAAAAAAUUAACAUUGUGAAAGUAAAAAAAAAAAGUAGAUGAUGCUUAUUUUUUACAGCCGGAGGAGAAAGAAGGUUGAGAAACACACAUUGUCUUCCUCAGAAAUGAAGCUACACUCACUUUUCACUCUUCAGUUCCUUUGGAGAAAUUCUGGUUUUCUAGAGAACUUUUUUCCUUUGGUCUUUGUUGCCUUAAUUUUGAGGAAACCUCCUUUGUUUUGUUUUCUACGAGUUUGCGCCUGGCAUCAAGAGGAACUCAACAGCUCCUCCAGGCACUCAGUGAUGCGAGAAGCUGAGCAGAGAUUCCUGCAGAGAUUAAACGAAGUACAUGCUGUACAGAUCUAUCCGAAUGUUGGUAAUUGUGAUAUUAUGAUGUUGUUGUGAUUGUAUCUUUAGGAGGAAGAAGACUCACACUAUGGACUGCAGUUUGUCUCUGCUUCAAUGAGAUUUUUUAUUGUUUUGUUUUGACAUUGUGGGGAAAAUGCUGCAUUUGACUUGGUGCAGUUUGCUGCAAAUGUUUAACUUGUUUUAUAUCAUGAUGAUUAUGAGUCAUUUACAAAGCUGUCGUAUUUCAUAGGCUUUUUUUAAGCUUGCUUUCCUUGUUAGAAAGAAGAAGAAUUUACA